UCAUUUUUUUGGUUUCAUCUUCUGGCGAUUGUCUGUGCCCUGGCUUCCCGAUCUUUGCGAUUUUUGUCCGGUUUUUUUGCUACGAGUUCUUAAAUCUUAACGCCUGCCUUCUUAAUUACGUUUUUUCUCCGCGGUGGUGUCGGCUGGGAGGUUCAGGCGGCCGGCGGCGAUGUGGAUUCUCGGAUGAAGCGUAUUUGUCUCGGAGAAGUCUCGUAUAUUGCAUCGUGACCGUUUUACCAUUUGUUUUUCCAAGAAUCUGAUUCCGUUGUCGUGAUAUUUCUCCUGAUUUCCUCCGCCUCAUUCCAUUCUCCGGCCUAGUGAAACAAACUUCCUCUCUCGGACCUCACAACCGCAAAUCUCUCGAUUCUGAAACCGCUCUAUAUUUUACCAAACAGUUUUUGAGUUCUCUCCAUCAAUGGCGGAUAAUCGCCAUGAAUCACCAUCGAGAAACUGCUGUUCAUCCGAUUAAUUCCCGUUAUACCCCUAGAUUCUCCAAAAUUUCCACGUUCAGGUUCACGUGAGGUCAGCGAAUGGACGCUGGUUGAAAAUACUUCGCGUUUUCCUCUCGCCUCUUUUCAGCUCGAGGCCCUCAUUUCUCCGAAAUGACCAAAACGCCCUCCAAAUCCCUCGCUAGAUUCCAAGCCUUUCAAAUCGUACGCCGUGUCGCUGUUUCCUCACGAUGUUCAAUACAACUCUUCGUUCGCCCUUCGCCGACGAGGGACCAUCGUAAUCGCCUCGAAACUUCCUUCUACUCACGGUCCCUUCCCUAUCCUCUCUUUUUGACCGUACUGCCACCGGACGCGUACAAAAUUCAUCACAAAACACGAGGGCAUUCUGGUCACACACACAAAUUCCGAGACGGUUUUCUCGAACCGGAACCACGGCCGAUGAUGAUGAUGAUGAUGGAAACUGGAAAGUGAGGGCCCAAAUCGGAUCAGGUAAGAGGUGAGGCGCUCGCUAGAGAUGGAUAGGUCUGCGUUAGGUUUGAUGCAGAUUUGUUGUUUAGGGAGGAGUAAUUAUCGGGUGUGGCGAUGGUACACGCUAGGCUCCAGUGCUCCGCUUCCUGAAUAUAUAUAUAUAUAUAUAUAUUAAACAAAAAGAAACCCAUUAUUUAGCUUAACGAACAGAUUUUGAAUUCGCAUCGUGAAAAUUGUUGGGGGGAAAGAGAUAAAAGGGAAUCCUGUUUGUUGGUUGGGUAUUAGAGAAUGGGUUGAAGGUGGAAAAGGAAGAUCCACGUGACCGAGUCACGCGAGGUGGGAAAGCUUACAGGCGAUGGUGUGGUCGCAAUCUUAAAGCGACCACGUGGAAUUCAUGAUGUGGCGUGCGAUUCUGGGUGGGGCUGCAAAUGAAUCCGCGGCUGCUACUGCUACUGCUACAAAGAGGUUAAGACGAAAGAAGACAUUUGCUGAGCUUAAGGAAGAGGAGGGCAUGCUUCUGAAGGAGAAACUUCAUCUAAAGAAGGAAUUGGCCAGUCUACGGGCGACCUUCGAAGAACAAAGAGCCAAGAAUGAGAGUUUGAAGAAAAUGAAGGUGGAGGUGGAUUUCAAUUUGAAAUACACAGAGAAAUUCAGUACGAACUCCAAUAUGGCAGAAGAAACUUCAUCCACACUAACCCAUCAAAGGGAAAGCUCCAACCAUGACACGAUUCCUCCAACAUUGCCCUUCACUGGUUCAGGUUCUUUCGAGGCUCAAUCACAGAAGAGCAAAUCUUCAGAAGAUGAAUGCGUCUUCAUUUUACCUGAUUUAAAUAUGAUUCCCUCCGAGGAUUGAGUAAGCUGAGGAAAUAUAUUGAUUCUCUUUCUCUCUAAUAUUGACAUGGUUGAAGGAUUAUAUAUGGAUUAAAAGCUGGCAGUCACGGGUAAGGUCAUCAGCCCUAUGACUAUACGAUUUUGAGAUGGCAAAAAAGUUUGCCAUCUUGUAGAAGAAGUAGCCCAAUCAGACUGUUGUUAUAUUUUGGCAUAUUAUUAAUUCUUUCCUAUGUUCUAAUUUUUUUUGGAGGCUGUAAUCCUGUGGGUUAAACCAUUGGUGUAGGUUUGAUUCAUUCGUUGUAGCGUUUGUAGGUACAUACAUAGCUACUAAAUUUGUUGGUCACUACUUUGAUAUAAAUUUGUUUUUGGGCAACA